AUGGGCAACGUCUGUUUGAGGCUCUGGGCUUACAUGCAGCCCUGUCUGCCCUGUUUGCUCCAAGAGGCGGACAAACCGGUGGUGAUAGAGAAUCCAGGAGCCCGCUGCUCCCCUGAUGCUCCCCAGUCACAGAGUCAGGAGCCUGAGAGAAGACACGGCCACUACUUCGUGGCUUUGUUUGAUUACCAUGCUCGGACCGCUGAGGACCUGAGCUUCCGUGCGGGGGACAAGCUCCAAAUCCUGGAUAGUUCCCACGAGGGCUGGUGGUUUGCCAGACACUUGGAGAAAAGGGGAGACGGCUCUGGCCAGCAGCUCCAGGGCUAUAUUCCUUCUAACUAUGUUGCAGAGGACAGGAGUCUACAGGCAGAACCGUGGUUCUUUGGAGCAAUCAAAAGAGCAGAUGCUGAAAAACAACUAUUAUAUUCAGAAAAUCUGACUGGUGCCUUUCUAAUCAGAGAAAGUGAAAGCCAGAAAGGAAAUUUCUCCCUUUCAGUUUUAGAUGAAGGUGUUGUAAAACACUACAGAAUCAGAAGACUGGAUGAAGGGGGCUUUUUCCUUACCCGGAGAAAAACCUUUUCAACACUGAAUGAAUUCGUGAACCACUAUACCAAGACAAGUGACGGUCUGUGUGUCAAACUGGGAAAACCAUGUUUAAAGAUUCAAGUCCCAACUCCUUUUGAUUUGUCUUAUAAAACUGCCGACCAGUGGGAGAUAGACCGCAACUCUGUACAACUUCUGAAGAGACUGGGAUCUGGUCAGUUUGGGGAAGUGUGGGAAGGACUAUGGAACAACACCACUCCAGUAGCAGUGAAAACAUUAAAACCAGGUUCAAUGGAUCCAAAUGACUUCCUGAGGGAGGCACAGAUAAUGAAGAACCUAAGACAUCCAAAGCUUAUCCAGCUUUACGCUGUUUGCACUUUAGAAGAUCCAAUUUAUAUUAUUACAGAGUUGAUGAGACAUGGAAGUCUGCAAGAAUAUCUCCAAAAUGAUGCAGGAUCAAAAAUCCAUUUGACUCAACAGGUAGACAUGGCAGCACAAGUUGCCUCUGGAAUGGCCUAUCUAGAGACCCAGAACUACAUCCACAGGGAUCUGGCUGCCAGAAAUGUCCUUGUUGGUGAACAUAAUAUUUACAAAGUAGCAGACUUUGGACUUGCAAGAGUUUUUAAGGUAGAUAAUGAAGACAUCUAUGAAUCUAAACACGAAAUAAAGCUGCCGGUGAAGUGGACUGCGCCUGAAGCCAUUCGCUCUAAUAAAUUCAGCAUUAAGUCCGAUGUGUGGUCAUUUGGAAUCCUUCUUUAUGAAAUCAUUACUUAUGGCAAAAUGCCUUAUACUGGUAUGACAGGUGCUCAGGUAAUCCAGAUGUUGGGUCAAAACUAUAGACUCCCUCAACCAUCUAACUGUCCAUCACAAUUCUACAACAUCAUGUUGGAGUGCUGGAAUGCAGAACCAAAGGAACGACCAACAUUUGAGACACUGCAUUGGAAACUUGAAGACUACUUUGAAACAGACUCUUCAUAUUCAGAUACAAAUAACUUCAUAAUGUGAACACUAAAGAAG